AUGUCAUCACGAAGCGCCAAAGUCAUUAAGACCGCCCCGCUCGAUGACUCUGAGGCCAAGUGGGUUGGUCUGCGAUCCAUAGAAUGGGUCGACCCAACAGGACGACAACGCAAGUGGGAGUCUGCCGACCGCAAGACUCGCAAAGGCGAUGUCGAUGCUGUUGCAAUCAUGACCAUCAUUCACCGGCCCUCAUCGGAACCCCAUAUCUUGCUCAUCUCGCAGUACCGGCCGCCAGUAGGCAAGAGCUGCAUCGAGAUGCCUGCCGGUCUCAUCGACGCCGGCGAGGAGGGAGACGAAGGAACCAACAGAGCGGCAUUGAGAGAACUCGAGGAAGAGACAGGCUAUGGAACGGACAAGGAAGGUGGUAAAGUACAGAUCGAGGAGACAACACCCACCAUGUUCAACGAUCCCGGCUUGACGGGCGCGAACAUGAAGAUGGUUGUGGUCAGCAUCCAGUUGAAGGACGAUUCAGCAGAGCCAGUAGCCAAGCCAGAGGAAGGAGAAUGUAUCGAGAAAUAUCUGGUUCCUGUCAAGGGGCUGUACAAGAGCCUUAAAGACUUCCAAGCAAAAGGUUUUGCCGUCGAUGCACGUCUAGCACACCUUGCAAUUGGUCUCGAAGUCGGUGCUGGCAAGAUGGGCCGUUUGUAG